GUCUCCAGAAAUAAGAAAAAUGUAGUCUCAGGGGAAAUAAGCGGACCAACUAAAAGCCAGCCUAACAUUUCUUGCACAGCCACGAACGCACUGGGCAGCAACACCAAACAGCUCUCUGUAGACAUCUUGUCAAAAACAUUCUCUUUGCCCAUGUGGUUGUCAGCAUUAAUGCUCCUGGGGACUGCUUUGUUGUUUGGUUGUGCAGUGUUCAUUUACAGAAAAUAUUCAAGAGGCAGACCAACACCGGAGUUUGUGUGCAACACUAACAUUAUUUUAAGGUCACAAAUUUUAUUAGAGAAUGUCCAACAGGAACAAGUAUACAACAGUCCUCAAAGAUCACAAGAUGAAGACACACAAUCAAGCCCAUGCAGACCAGAGAGUAACCCUGAGGUGGACAGUCUUUGUGUUUAUGACAAUGAUUUUGUGGAAGAAAUGCGCAGACAGACCAGAGCUCAACCAAACCAGAACACCGAAGCAGCCCGCCAAAGAGACGGCGAAAUACAGCCACUGGCAAAGAUCCGCAAUGGAGUCAGUGGUGCAGAGUGAGCUCAUUCUCGCAGUUUACAUCAUCUCUUUCCUGUUAGGCCUGCCAGCCAACCUGCUGGCUUUCUAUGCCUUCUGUGUCAAGAUCCAUUCCAAUCCCCUUCCAACAGAUAUCCUGCUACUCAAUCUGACAGUCUCUGACCUGAUCUUCUUGAUCAUCCUUCCUCUAAAGAUGUAUGAGGCAGCGUCAGGCAUGAAAUGGAAUUUGCCCGAGUUCCUGUGCUCCAUCACCGCCUUCACCUUCUUCUCCACGAUCUACACCAGCUCCUUGCUGCUGAUGGCAGUGAGUGUGGUUCGCUACAUUGCAGUAGCUUUCCCGAUCACGUAUCAUACGCUGUGCAGACCAGUGUACGCGAUAGUUAUCAGUGUUGUUAUUUGGCUAAUCUCAGCCGCACACUGCAGCAUUACUUUCAUUAUCCAGCACCAUCCAUCCCUGUCCAGAAAUGACACCACUUACUGCUAUGAGAACUUCACAGAGACGCAGUUGAAGGUUCUGCUCCCAGUACGUUUGGAGUUUUUCUUUGUGCUCUGUCUUAUUCCACUACUAAUUUGUAUUUACUGCUACUCACGCUCCAUCUUAAUCCUGUACAGCCGUGCCAGGAUAACUCGAAUGCAGAAGCAGAAGGCCAUCGGCAUGGCCUCGGGGACUUUAGCUGUGUUUCUCAUUUGUGUGCUGCCAUAUAACAUUUCUCAUUUACUGGGUUACUUCCAGGGUAAAAGCCCACAAUGGAGGUACUACACCUUGCUGCUUAGCACCUUCAACACCUGUAUUGAUCCCAUCAUCUUCUACUUUUCCUCCUCCUCUUUCCACUGCACUAGUCAAAAGUCAAUUUUCAGGAAGCGUGGACACAAUGUUUCAGAUGCACAAAAGCAGACCACAAGCUCUAGCUAAGAGCAAUAUACACGCUGACUUUAAUACAAUAUGUACAUAUCCAGCUUCAACAUUAUUAUUGUACUUUAUAUUAAGGACAUCAGAAUGUGUAAUGCAGAACAAGCGGCUUUGACAGUCCAGUUCAUUUAUAAAAAAUUGUCUCUCAUCCAGGUUUUGCUGUCUACUGGUUAACAAAAUAUCUUGUUAGAGGUGAUCUAUUCCUGCUCAAAGGGACUGAGCUGCUUCAAUCUCAAACCAUUGUAGAUCAUUUUAUGACAAAACCACAAUACAUGUUUGGUGCAAAUGCAAGAUUCCAAAUUUUAUUAUUUUACAGUAAAUUAUCUUGUUUUGAAUGGGAAUUGAUAUCCUUUGCACCCUUGACACAUUAUUUCCUGUUUACUUUAACGCGGGCCAGUCACUCUUCUGCACUCAUGCAUUCUGUAGGCACACAUGUAGAAUAUACCUGCAAAACAAAACAUAGGUUAGCUGUAAAGGCCUUUUCUAUAGUACACAAACAUAUCAAGUAAGAUAAUGGCACAAUAACAAAAUUGCUUUUGAGUGUAAAUCUUAUUGAUGUUUUAGUUUGAAAAUAUGUAUUGGGCAUUUUCAUGAGCAUGUGCAAAGCUGAAGAGACUGUAAUAACUCACAAUACACAUCAGAAACUUUAGUAAAUACUGUAAAUAAACUGUCAUAAAAAUGAAAGUGUUUGUGUGACAGCA